CUUCGUACACGUCCACUUAAAGCCCAUCCGAAGUACAAGCCUGGCAUUUUCGAUGCCCGUACUUUGUCACAUUUUGUUUGAACUCGACUAUUUACACCACUCUCAAGAGCCGUCUUCGGGCAUCUAUUGAUCAGCUGGUUACCCUAUUCUUCUCCUCCUCCCAAUAGGCCAUAACUCUUUUUACCCUUGAGCCCAACGGGGUUUUAGAUACUACUUAGCCUUUGUAGCUUUUCGGGCAAUUUAGAUAAGUUUCGUACCUCGUGUCCAUUGGGCUUGAAAAUUAAAAAAUCUUGUUCGAUCCCUUUGGAUCCCCUUCCUCCUUUUAUCAACUGCCGGCACCGAAAUUUCAAAUUCCGUGCACAGGGAAUCUACCUUGUUUAUUCCCCUCCACAAAAACUCUUUAAACAAUUUCUUUUUUGACCAUAAACUCAUAACAUAUAAACCAACAAUGUUCCUCCGCCCUAAUGUCAUCCUAAAUGCCACUGCUAAGGCUGCUGUUGCUCGUAACAGCUUUGCUCGUAUGGCCACACCUGCCAUGUUCUCACGUAUGUACUCUGUUCCCAGAGAUGAUGUUCAAAGUCGUGUUCUUGAAGUCGUGAAAGGCUUUGAUAAAGUUGAUCCUACCAAGGUUACAGCAGAAUCCAACUUUAUGAAAGACCUUGGUUUGGACAGUUUGGAUACAGUCGAAGUCGUUAUGGCCAUUGAAGAAGAGUUCUCUGUUGAAAUUCCUGAUAAGGAUGCUGAUGCUAUUCACAGUGUGCAACAAGCCAUUGAUUAUAUUGCCAAGCGUGAAGAUGCUCAAUAAUAGACUAGUUCAAUAGUAGCUGUGGACACGGGUUCUGUGGUCGGAAUAUAGGAUUCCUUCCUUUAAAUAAGUAUUUUAUUUUGAUUGUAUAAAAAUUAUAUCGACAAUAUAUCUCCCAACCCCUUUGUCGUUGUAAACAUGAGUAUAAAUUAUUUACUUUUGCAAGCAGCAUUAUUAUGGUUUUUCCACGUCUGUGCUUUCCCUUACAUUCUACAAUCGAGCUUAUCG